AUGGGUCUGCUGACCAUCAUACGUAAGACCAAGCUGCGGUCGCACGAAUUCCGCUUCCUUUUCCUCGGUCUGGAUAACGCUGGCAAGACUACGAUCCUCAAGAAGCUCCAGAACCAACCACAAUCCGAGAUCGAAGCCAUCUCACCCACCUUGGGCUUCGCUAUCCAGACCUUCCAAUAUCAAGGCUAUCACCUCAACGUGUGGGAUAUCGGAGGUCAAAAAAGCCUUCGUCCGUACUGGAAGAACUACUUCGAAAAGACCGAUGCUAUCAUUUGGGUCGUUGACUCCUCCGACACAGCCCGACUGACCGACUGUAAGGAAGAGCUUGACAAGUUGCUCGAGGAGGAAAGACUCCAUGGUGCGACCAUCCUGAUCUUUGCUAACAAGCAGGACUUGCCCGGAGCUCUCUCAGCGGAGCAGAUCAAGAACCACCUUGAGCUCGAUCAAGUAUCCACGCACAGCUGGAGAAUCCAGCCGUGCAGCGCUUACACGGGUGACAAUCUUGUUCAUGGUCUCGAUUGGACAGUCGAAGAUGUGGCCAACCGCAUCUACUAUCACGGCGAUGCAAAAUCAACACAUGGUGUCCCAGCAAGUAAGGUGACAAAGCAAGACGUGUCAUGA